CCCUCUCCGACUAAACACGGAGGUUCAGCUGGGAUAUUCAACUACAACUCUUCAAGUAUUCCCUCCAAAGAUAUAUAGAGUAACAAACGUGAAACAAAGUCGUCACUUUUUUCAUCAAGCAUCAGUUCCUCACUCCACGUGCUCUCAUCAACAUGUCGUCCUCGCGGUCAUCCAGCCCAGAUACCGCUUCUAGCGCAGAUCUCCAACUCCCAGUCGACAUCAGCGCAAAUCCUAACUCACAUGCCUAUGCACCAGAUAUGGAUAGUCUCGAAACUGCGAGUUUCGCAAGAUUGCGGGACUUUAGUGGUUGGAGAGACAGCAAAUUCUUGUCGUACCGAUGUUUUACUUACGAGGGACAUGAAGUUCAAAUGAAAGACUUCAUCCUUAGAGAGUUUGAAGAGAUCAAGGAGGCCAUGUCUACAUUGGAUGAUGAAAACAUACACAUUCUCAAUGCAACUCCUCGGAGUGUGUUUCUUCUUUAUGCCAGCGAACUACGCGAACUAUCCCAAAGUCUCGACUUUGCACCGUGGAUCUCAUAUGGUCUGGAGUACAACGUCCUCAGAGGACUAGGCGGACGACUCUACGGUUCCCACUACGAUAUCUGGUUCACCCUUCCACUGGUAGACGCCGGCGUAGAUAACUUCACCCAUCCAGGUCAAGAACUUCAUUCCCUACCAAUUGACUCUUCCGAAGGUGUUACCCAUUUGUACGAAGAUGCAGGCAUGUUCUAUCUCAGCUUCGACACAAAGACGAGACAAACACGUAUCCUAUACUCCAGCUCAAUCCCUGCUGGUCAAAAGUUGACAUCUGCUUGCAAGAAAGCAGAAGAACUGGGUGUACGGGAUGACCCGUUUACGUUUGUUACGUGUGCUUUGAGCUCAAUUCUUCAGGAUCAGGGCAUGAAUGCACACUCGUUCUCUGCUCUCAUUAGCAAAAUGGAAGAUUAUAGCAAUUCACUCAAGUUUGAGAUUGGGGAGAAUGAAGAGACGAAAGUGAAAGAGACGGCGAUUCAACUGAGAAAGUCGUUGCCGUACCUCGAGAAGAUCUUGGAGUCGGUGGAUUGUAUGAUUCAGAUCAUCCAGGAUGCCAUCAGCGAGCACAAGGACUGUAGAGAACUGCUGUCUAUUCCUGAUCAGCAUUUUCUUCGCGUCGAAAAGAACUUGCAGACUCUUCGCUCCCAGGCGAUCUCCUUCAAGAGCUAUCAGGAUACACGCAUCAGAAGGAUCAACGUCUGCUUAUCAACACUCUCAUCUCUUUUGAGCCUCAGAACCGACAGUGCCAUCAAGGCCAGUACCGAAGCAAUGACACGAUUGACGGAAGCGAACCGAGAGGACAGCGGUAGGAUGAACGACAUCGCAAUAGCUACGAAGCUCGACAGCGAGGCUAUGAUCACCAUUGCCAAACUCACCAUGUUCUAUCUCCCAUCAACAUUUGUAGCGACACUUUUCAGUAUGGGGAUCUUCAACUUCGACUUCGACAACGGCAAGAAUGGACGCCUUGUCAUGUCCAGCCAGUGGUGGAUGUACAUCAUCUUCGCCAUCCCUCUGACACUGGGAACGUUCUACUGGUUCAGAGCAGUUACGAGAUCGCACAAACAAGCAAGCCAGAAAGCAGAACGAGAGGCCAAGCAGCCUGAAUGAGGCUCACUUUCUGUUCCUCUAGGUGUAGCAUUUGCUUUGGUUGUUUUUACGUACGCCAAACCUUGCUUGCGCCAGUGAAUGCAAGCCAUUCAUUCAAGCCGGUGGGUAACUGAGUGGCUCCUCUUCACUUUUGCGCCUAGCCUGGUGCUAUCGUGAGCUGAAGUUCCAUCAUCGCGACCCCACCAGUGAAGAAAAAAAAAAAAAGCAGAAAAAUUUUUGAGCGCAAAAGAACGAGCAAUUGAGUGAAGAUACUGUAUGAUAGAUAGCAAAUGUGAAGAUGUUCCC